AUGCGAACCAACAUCUUGAUGUCCGAGGUCAGUCUGCCAGGUGAACCAUUGCGCAUGUGUAUCCUCCCCGGGGACAGGUUGGCUGUAAGUUUACGAGAUACAGGACGUAUUCAGUUCCUGAAGACCUUGGAACAACUCUCCCUUGAGGAAAACGUCAAGGUGAAUGGUGAAUGUUUAGGUAUUAGUUACCAUAAAGACAGGUUAAUAGUGUCGUACAUGAGUGGAAAGGUGGAGAUGAUGGACAUGACUGGGAGCGUGAUCAAAACUAUUGACAAAGAUGACAGUGGACAGUCAAUAUUUGGCCAGCCAUUUAACCUGAUAGUGAUGAGUGAAGUUCAGACAGAAGUGAUUUAUGUAUCAGACGGUGGUAAGUCCACCAUCACAAAGCUGGACAUGGAUCUGAACAUCCUCCAGACAUUCAAGGACCCUUCCCUGAGAACACCAGUAGGCAUCACUGCAGUGGGAAAUCAGCUUCUCAUCAGUGGCUGGGAAAGUAACAACAUCAUGUGCCUGGACCUGACCAGUGGCCAGAUGACUGAACUGCUGGGUAAGGUGGACGGGAUAAAUCGUCCUUUAGCUGUUUUCUACGAUCACAAGCAGAAGAAAACGUAUGUCUCGUUUGACAUCAAAAACUUAGUGAAGGUGUACAAGGCAGAUAUGAACGUUUAA